AUGGGAAAGAUUUUCAAUCUCUCGUUGGCGGUAUUUGCAUCUACCGGAUCGUUUCUUUUUGGUUACGAUGCAGGUGUUAUGACAGAUGUGAUAGCCUCUAAAAAUUUCCUCACCUUCUUCAACACUACACAAGAUUCUUCUAUUAUCGGUGCCAUCAACUCAACCUUCAAUGGUGGAGCUGUGUUUGGUGCCCUUCAGGGCGGUCUUACUAUGGAUCGAUAUGGACGAAAGAUUACUAUCUUCAUGGGCGCAUUGAUCUGUCUCGUUGGAGCCAUAUUACAGACUGCUGCACAAAAUCUUGCCAUGAUUCUCGUGGGUCGUAUCUUCACAGGCUGGGCGGUCGGUUUGCUUAGUAUGGCUGUACCGGUUUACAAUGCUGAGUGUGCGGAUCCGAAAAUUAGAGGAUUGAUUGUGGGUUUGAGUCAACAGAUGAUUGGAGUGGGUUUUAUUGUAUCAACUUGGGUAGGAUAUGGCUGUGGUGUUACAAAGGACAGUCCCGUUCAAUGGAGAGUACCCCUCGCUGUACAAAUGAUUCCUUGCCUCAUCCUCGCUUCUGGCAUUCUCUUCUUUCCCGAGUCGCCUCGCCAUCUCAUGGAAACCGAUCGUGAAGACCAGGCAUUGGCUAUUCUCAGAAAGUUGCAUUUCAACGGUUCGAAUGAUGAAUUCAUCGUCAAAGAAUUCAACGAGAUUAAGGAGACAAUCGCGGCAGAAAAGGCAAUCACGGUACCAGGAUGGAGAAUCAUGUUUACAGUACCACAAUGGAGAACAAGAUUGGGUCAUGGAGUUGCUGUUCAAGCAUUUACUCAGUUCACUGGAAUCAACGUUAUUGGUUACUACCAAAAUACUAUGUACAAGGCGUUGGGAAUUACUGGAAACAAAGCUUUACUCGUCUCUGGAAUUUACAACUGCAUGGGACCUCUGGGCAAUCUCAUCUUCAUCACUUUCAUGAUCGACCGAGUCGGACGUCGCAAGCCACUCCUCUGGGGAACUGUCGGCAUCACCAUCGCCCUUGUCUGCCAAUCCAUCAUCAACAGUCGAAUUGAUCCGGACAACGCACAGCGCGGCCUCUCCAUCGGAGGAGUCUUCUUCAUUUUCUGCGUCACAGUUAUCUUCUCAUUUUCGUGGGGACCCAUCUCUUGGGUCUACAUGUCCGAAGUCAUGCCUAUGCAAAUCCGUGCUCGUGGCAAUGCAUUCGCAACUGGUAUUGGUAAUUGGCUUGUCGCUACAUUCUGGGCACAAGUUUCGCCUACAGCUUUGAAGGCGCUGACGUGGAAAUUUUAUUUCUUGUUUGCUGCAUGGAACGUAGUAGUUACUAUCCCCAUUGUGUUUUUCUUUUUCAAAGAAACUAAACAACUCUCCCUCGAAGAAAUCGAUCUUCUCUUCGGCGAACGUGCACUCGGUACUCUUCCCGACGAUAUCUCAAAGGGGAUUGAACAUAAUGGGGCUGUUGAGACGGAGCAUCAUGAAAUGCAUGACAAAGGUGCAGAUCGGGUUUAG